AUGUCCGCGCUGAUCGCAACGGCGGGCGAGGGGCCGGCCGGCCCCGGCCGCGCGGCGCAGGCGGCGGCCGCGCUGAGACGAAACGCGGUGGCCGCGCUCGGGGAGCUCCUGUUUUACAUCGUUACGCAAGAGCCCGUCGGUACCGGCGGCGGCGGCGGCGGGAUGGAGACGGAGAGGUGGAACAUUCCAGUCGCCGCCGUGGCGGGCGUGAUCGGGAAGUGCCUGCUGGUCGUGGACGACGCCAGCGGCAGCGGUGGCGGUGGCGGCGGCGGCGGCCGGCUCGCCGGCCACGAAGGGGCUCGACACUACGCGGCCAAGACCAUGGAGAACGUGCUCGCGCAGGUGGGGCCUUCGCACCCCCUCGUGCCCGCCCUGGUCACGCCGGAGCUGGCGCUGGGCUUGCUGGACCUUGCUAGGCAUGCCUCCUCCGAGAAUCUUCGGCGCACGGCAACGGCGGCGCUGUACCACGUUUUCGGGCACGAUAUCUUGGGCGGAGAGUUCAGCCAAGACCGCGGCGACGACGACGACGAUGACGAGAUCGAAGCUAGCAGAGGCAUCGGCAGCGAGAGCGCAGGUCGAGGAGCGAGAAGAGGCACAGGGCGAAGAAGGAGCGACAGGGCAGGGGACGACGUGCCAGCCGCCGGUUGUGUGGCCUCCCGAGUGAUGCGCGAGCCCGGCGCGCCCGAGUUCAUCGUCCAGGGGCUGUCAGCGGAAGGUAGCUCUGCCACGUCCCGGCGAGCCUUUCUCGGGAUGUUCAACCUCGUUGUCUGGGCCAGCGGUAACUGUGGCGGCGGCCGGUCCGUCGGCGGGCGUGGGCCGGAGGACGACGAGUUUGCUGGCGGGGGGCGGCGGAACGCCCCCCUCUUCCUCCGACGCGCGGUGGAGUGCAUGUUGGACUCGCAGCACCUCCUGCUAAGGCUGCUGCGGGUCGCGGAGCACGGCGAGGGCGCGGUCCUCCGAGCGAAGGGUUUCCUCUCGCUCCGACUCGCGCUGGAGGAGGCGGCCGAUCCUGGCUUUCUCCUGAAGGCGUGCCGGUCGCGCCUGCUGCCGCUUCUCGCGAGAGCGAUCGGCGGCCUGGCUCCUCGGUCAGCUCCUCGCGGCCCCGCCGAGCCCGCUUCUGCCUCCGCCGCGGGUAUACCGGAACUCUCCCCACAGCAGGAGUACCUCUACGAGUGCUCCACCCUGCUCGCGGAGUGGCUCUGCGCGGUACCCGAAACGGCAGCGAGGCGCCUCGCGACGGAGCUCCUACAACGCCGCGGGGUUUCCGCCGGGGGAGACGGCGUGUCAGCGACGACGGCGAGGGACGGUUGCGAUGCUACGGGGAGGUGGGGGCGCCAGCCGGAUCGGAGCGGCGGCCACAGGAGCGGUGGCGGCGCUCCUCCGCGGCGGUUUGGUGCCAGGCAGCAGGCAUCAGCGGCAGGGACCGCCGAGUUGGAGGCUGCGAUGGGGAUGUUCCAGGCGGUUGUCCACCUCGUGAACAGCCCCCUGUUGCGCGAGCGGGCCGUCACGCGGCCGUUCGUGAGCGACGUGGCCGGCUGCCUAGCCCUCUCGUGCCCAGCUCUGGGGGUAGCGGCAGCGGGCACGGGCAGAGGCAACAGCGGCGGCGGCGGUAGCAGUGGCCGCAGCAGCGACAGAAGAGCCGUGUCACCGGCAGCGGGUGGUCCCUGGAGCGGCGGCGGCGGCGGCGACGGUUCGGCAGGGUCGGUCGUGCUGGCGGCCCUUCUCCCCACGGUUGAGACCCUCGCUCAGCAGGCCGAGCUGGUUCUUGUGCCCCACCGGGGCGUGGUGUCCGCGGAGCUCAUCCCUGUGCUCUGCCGGUUUUUGAGGAGCCCCAGCGGCGACACGCGCGCUCUCGUGGUGGCCAUCUUCCGCGUCCUGCUUCCGCCGCUUGUUCGACCACAACAGCAGCAGCAGCAGUCGGGCACACCACCGCCGCUGCCACCGCCCGCCAGGCCGCAGCAGCAGCGUCUCGGCGGGCCUGCCGAAACCGCGGGGUGGCGGCCUUCUUCUUCUUCUUCUUCCCCUUCGCCGGUAGCGGCGGAAGACCUGGUGCGGUCCGCGUUUGCCGACCACCUCCUGCCGCACGCGCCGAGCCUCCUGGGCGACCACGACCCCAUCCCGCAGUACACCAUCCGGCUCCUCCUCGACGUCGGUCGGGCGUGGGGAGGGCUCGGAAUGGCUCUGCUGUGUUCCGGUCGCGAUGACGCCGCCGCCGCCGCCCCCGUCGCCGCUGCCCUCCUAGACCGUCUUUCCGGGACACCGCUGCCAGCUGCUCUGUCACCGAGGGGGGGCACGCGGACUGGGCACGAGCCCCCUGGAGAUGCCGCCGCUGUGACGACCCUCGAUCCCGCUCUGGCCUGCCUCCUCUCGCUCCUCGUCGACGACGGGGCGGGGACAACGGGGGCAGGACCCGGGCGGGGUUUGCCGAGCGACCGGCGGCAUCGCCAACACGUGGCCGGUACUGUUCACUACGACGGCGACGACAGCUACCACGGCGGCGAGAACGACGACGUAUUUGUCGCUCUCCUGGGCCUUGAGCUGCCGCGGCGGACGGCGGCGGCGGUGGCGGCCGCGGUGAAAGCCGGGGCGCCGGAGGUCGCGGACGCGUGUCUCGGCCUCGCCGUCGCGUUGCUGGACGCCGGAGCACGUCGCAAAGCAGCUGCGGAAGCCUUGUUGGGUCCCGUGAGCGGCACCGAGAGGGCGGCGGCGGCAUCCACUUGUAGAGGCGCUGGCACUGGCGCCGCUGCUGUUACUGCUGGUGAGCAGUGGGAGGAGCAGCAGCUGAGGCCGCUGCUUGCCGCCGUUCCUUUGGCGGUGGAGACUGUGAACCUGUUCUGCGUUCAGGGCGCCCUGGCGGAGAAGCGGCGAGAGCAUCAACUGGCGGGAGCACCGGUAAGGGGUCGAGAAGGGCCGGGGGGAGCGCUCGGCGGUGUCGACGACGGCGUUCGGUCGGGUGUUUCGGACUCGGCGACCUUGUUCUUGGAGAUGUGUUACAAGAUGUUCGGCGAAAGCCUCCUUCGGUCGCUACUGCUCACGUAUACCAUUCGGCCUACCAGCAGCGUCUCCGGCGGCGAACCGCUCCCCUCUCUCGCUUCCGGACAUGCGGCGGCGGCGGCGGCGGCAGCCCCGCAGGCCCGGGUGUUCCGCCAAUUGGCCGACUUUCUCGCCUGCCCGGCCGAGGACGAGCGCCCACGGAUCCGCAUCCUUCGCCUCCUGCUCUCCGCGGUGUCGACGUUAGGCCAGCCCUUCUACGGCACGCUUCGGCGGGGUCCGCUUUGGACGGCGCUUCUGAGACUGGCGACUGGGCGGGGCAUAGGGAGCGGGCGGGAAGCCGUGUUGGUGGCCGGGGUGGGCGGAUCGGGAGCGAGAACAGCCUUGGGAGCGACGAGUGCUCUGGCCCGGGACGUCGUCGCCGCGGUUAGAGAGGACCGAGGCUACAACGGCCCGGUUGCUGGUGCUGAGCCGCGCGGAUGGAGCGGCCGCAGCGGCAGCAGCCGCGGUGAACGGCGGUGAUCGACGAUGUGAUAUGUUGGUGUACCGUAGAAAAUAUUGAUUGGAGGUGUCCGUUGACAAAGGGCGGUGCUCGUGGGAAGCUGUGGUGUGCGCUUCGGUAGCAUUUGCGCACGCGGUUCCACAUGGCGUCCGCUAUUAGCACUGGAAGGAAGAAUUUCUUUGUUUGACUCAGUUUGAUCGCCUGGUCCGCCCGCGAGGUCCGGACAGGCGUGUGGAGCGACAAUCAAGCCGUUUCAUCGUGC